AGUUCCUAGCAGGUUGCACCUUAGUUAGCUCUUAGCAACUGCUACCUUGGCCAAGACUGGUCUAUGUUAAACUACUUUAUUCAGAAUCUUUCAAGGGCUGGGUUCGAACUCUUCACAAGUGAGGUCUGGCUGGGGCAGCCACAGAAUGGGAAAUCGGGCCAAGAUGCCGCUGCUCCCACUGGUGUGGGGAUUAUGGUGCCUGACAGCUCUGCAGAAGGAGGGCACUGCAUCUGCUGCCUUCUUGCCCUCCAGUGUGGAGAGACUGUUCCAGGACUUUAGCAACAUGAUUGCAAAGAGCCAGGAAGUUCUAGGCACAACAGACAAGUUUGAGACGUCUGUGGACAUCAGCAAGCUACCCUUAAACUACCACAAUGAGGAAAAGCACAAUAAGAAGGUGGGGAAUGCCACUGUGUACAGCCACCAUGAAAUUGACAAAGUGACUGAUAACCGUACAGGUGAUAUGAUUUUCUCAGAGAAAACUGUGACCUCCAUUGAACAGGUAGACACCCAUGCAGCUGAAGAGAAGGAAUGUGUGAAUAACAACGACUGCCAAAAAGACCAGUUCUGUUUUAGGUCUCUCCUUGCUUCACAGUGCCAGCAGUGUAAAGCCAAGGAUACAAUGUGUUGGAAUAAUGGGGAAUGUUGCCUGGGUUACCUAUGUGUGUGGGGCAAGUGUACAGAAGAUGUGAGCCAUGGUGAGAGUGGAACAAGAUGUGACCCACACCAAGAAGAGUGUGCUCAGGGAUUAUGUUGUACCUUCAGCAACUCUCUCCCAUUCCCCAUCUGCACUCCCCAGCCAAAAGAAGGGGAAAAAUGUCAAAUCCCCAGUGGCACCUUUCUUGCACUGAUGGGUUGGGGCAGCCUGGAAGCAUUUGCCAAACCAAAGGAGCACUGUCCAUGUGCCCAGGGACUGAAGUGCAGAACUAAAAGGUAUUCCAUGAUCUCUACAUGUGAAAAGUCAGAGAAAAGACUAGAUAUAAGUAACCCAGAUCAACAAAUGUCUUUUUUCCAACCAAUCUUAACGCGUCAGAAUAAAGACGAUGAUUACUAUGAUGACUUUAGACAAGAUGGCCAAAUGGACAUACUCAAUCUGUCUAGAGGACCUUCUUCUAUGGAAGAAAUUAGCCAAACCAAGGGGCUAAGUGAAGACUAUGAUGAGAUGAGACAAUCAUCAUGGGAGAAAGAUAUAGCAUAUCUCAACCAACCAGAAUUCCAGGAACUCAAGGAAUUGGCUGAUGAAAUGGGCCAGGAUUGGAGGCCUGGCUUUUACUAAUUACAUUUGCCUUUUGCUUUUAAUUGCUUGUUGCUCCUCCUCACCUUAGUCCCCUCCCAUGUCUUUAUCUUAUCUCCUUUAUUUUUCUUCAUCAUACACCAAUUUCUAGAACCCGUCCAGCAAACCAAACUUGAAAUUGUUUUUCUUAAGUAACUACUAGCUGUGUAAACGUUGUUCUGUUCAUACUGGGAACAUACUACUUACUGUACAAUGUGAAGAAAGAUGUGGAUCAUAUUUCACAAACUCCCUUUCAAUAAAACCUUGGGCUAGUUUUGAAA